GCUCUGCCUGGAAAGGCGGUCGAGUUUCGAAAACAGUUCGUGCGGAAUCUGCCGGCGGCGACCCGUAGGAGGGAGGUGGUGGCGACACGGUUUCCUCACGGUCAAGCCGGCCGGGCCGGGCCGGGCCUGUCCGGGCCAGGCCAACCAAAGCGGCGUGAGCUGAUCAUGUCGCUCGGUCAGCAAGCGGCUCUGGCCGUAUGUCUCUUCAUCUCUGUCUUUUUGGUGAUUCCGAAAAUGUUGGGGACGCCCAGCGGAGGGAAAAAUGCCGCGGGCCGGGCCCGGUCAGCGGGUCAUGGUCCCCCAGUUCCUGGAAGAGGCCAGCCACUGACUGCACAAUCGCAAUCAAAUAAUCCCAAAGGAAAACCUAAUCUCAGGACGAGAAGCACAAAUCAAAAGGAAAUGAAUAGUGAGAAGACUCAGGGCAGAAACAAAGGAUUUGUUUUCCAGUUAAUGCCACUUUAUGCAAUAGGAAUAAGUAUAUAUGCAGUUUACAAACUUGUGCAGAUAAAAUUCAAUGAAAAUGAAAAAAUAAGCAAAGAGAAAAAUAAGGAGGUUGACAAAAAGAGGAAAUCUACAGAAAAUCAGCUUUCUGAACUGGAGAUACGCUUGGCACAGACGGAGAAAAUGCUGGACUCAUUAGUAAAAGAAUUAGAUCCACUCACCAGCUGUGUUGAUGCUGUUGCCUCUGAGCAGAAGAAUGAAAUUAUGACACAGCUUCAGCAGUUAAGGCAGUUGAUGAAAGAGAGACAGGCACCCAAUAUUGACGAAGAUGUAGCACCUGUCACUGAGGAUGAAGAUUGUGUCGAGGACAUUGAGAUAAAGGCACAAAUGUCUGAGGACCUUAUCUCUGCAGACAGUGAAGAAGACUUGCUAGAUAAUGUUGAUAUAAUAAUUGGCAAAGUACCAUUUUGUGAUGAGGUUGAGUUGAGUAGUGUUUUCACAGAGGACGCUGAAGGCGACAUUGAAAUUGCUGCAGAUCUGUCAGAGACUCAUGAACCCGUGGAGUUGAGAAGACGCAAUAAAAUGAAUGAUUUUGGGAAAUGAAUUGCUAAUGAGCCCUGUAUGUUCAUACUUUAUGAAUAACAUUGAUCGACUUUGCUGCCUAUCAUGUGGUUUUAUAGAAAUAUUAACUUGUUAGUGAUUCAUUACUAUUUAUAAUAGACUAAAAUUGACAUAGUCCUAAUAUAUACAAAAGCAUAGACGCAACAGAAAAUUGGUUUUGUUAAAGUUAUGAUUUACUUGUUCCAUAAAGUUCUAAUCACCUUGAUAGUGUUUUUGUAUUAAAACCUUUGUGAAGUUAACAUGUGGCAUUGCAUUAUUUGGGAUUUUGAUCUAAGUUUUUGUUAGUAAACUGAAAACUUGUUUAA